GCUACAGGGACCUGGCCGACGAGCUCACCGGCGGCCUCACAGCCCUGGUGGCCGGCCAGGCCGGCUUCGCAGGCAUCAAGCGCGGCGGCCGGGCCAUCUUCUGGCGCAGCGGCGACAGCGACGAUGAGGAGCUUGCGGACGCAGUGCCGGCGCCGCACAGCGAGCUCUCCGAGGGCGUCCAAAAGGUCUACGUCAACGAUGAAGCCUUUGCAGCCAUCAAGGAGGGUGGGCAGGUGUUGGCCUGGGGGUCCCGCUCCGGCGGAGGCUUCAUCUCGGAGGACGUGGCAGAACAGUUGCGGAGUGGUGUGAAAAGCAUUACGCACACGGCCGAAGCCUUCGCUGCGCUGAAGGAGACAGGAGAGGUGGUGACAUGGGGCCAUCCCAGCUUUGGUGGAAACUGUAGCCGUGUCGCCGAGCAGUUGGUGGAUGUGGUGUCCAUCACUGGCGCCUGGGGCUCUGGAGACGGUGCCUUCGCAGCCCUGACGGCAAAUGGCGCCUGUGUGACGUGGGGCUCGUUCGGUGCAGGUGGAGACUGCCGCGAGGUGGCCGAGCAACUGCGAAGCGGAGUCACCUCCAUCAGCAGUACGGCAUCCGCCUUUGCUGCCCUGAAGGACACCGGCGCUGUGGUCACCUGGGGCGAUGCCGAGAAGGGCGGAAGAAUGGAAGUGACCUGGGGUCCUCCAACGGAUGAGGAGGAAUGUAGUGAUGAUGGCUGUCACGAAGACGGCGAAUCGGAGGACCACGGCGAGACAUACUCCGUGGAGGAUCGUUUGUCCAGCGGAGUGCUUGCGGUGGUCGGCUCCGACAACGUCUUUGCGGCACUGAAGGAUACCGGCGAAGUGGUCGCUUGGGGCUGCGCACCCGAUGGAGCACACUUGAAAGAGGAUGUGAAACGGAAGCUGUCGGAGGGUGCGCCCAUCAAAUCCAUCUCCGCAGCCACCACGACCUUCGCCGCCCUCAAGGAGGAUGGUCGGGUAGUGCCCUGGGGUGUGAUCGCUGACUUCGGCAACGGCUUUUUGUUGGACAAAGUGGAGGAUCAGUUGACCGACGUGGUCUCCGUGCCCAAUAUGCCCACGGAAAACGUCUGGGGUAUGUUUGCCAUCAAGAAGACCGGCGAGGUGGUACCAAUUGGUACUAUUGCAAAUCCACCAGAUCACAUCAUUGAGGACGAGUUUCGAAGUGGUGUGGUGGACGUGGUGGGCAAUGGAAACAGCUUCGCCCUGCUGAAACGCACCCUGUAGGGCUGGCGCCACGUUCAUCACAAUGAUUCCAGCGGCGAAAUCCGGCGCUCCUCAAUCGCUGGAUCGCUGCUUCAAAACUGGCGACGAUCGGUUGAAAAAG